AUGAGAUGGAUAGAUACAAACAAGUUUACUAACAUGAAUAAUGCAAAUCAAAUGUUUCUAUUUUUAUGUUAUUACAGUGGUAUAUUUGGUUACGCUAAUUAUAAUAUUGCUCGCACUAGGGGGCAUAUCAUCAACAAUUUAGUUGAUGGUUUAACCAAAUUAGAAUACAGGGGUUAUGAUUCCGCAGGUAUUGGAAUUGAUGGUGAAAACGACUGGACUGAGGAUUCACCAAUUAGAGAAAUCCAAUUAUUCAAGCAAGUUGGUAAGGUUUCAAACUUAAAGGAAGAAAUUGAUUCCCAUCAUCCAGAUGUGUCUGAAGUUUUCUACAAUCAUGUUGGUAUUGCUCAUACUAGAUGGGCCACUCAUGGUGGUGUCACUCAAAACAAUUGCCACCCCCAUUCUUCUGACAAAUUAACACAAUUUGCUGUAGUUCACAAUGGUAUCAUUACAAAUUAUAGAGAGUUGAAGCAAUUCUUGAAAAAUGAAGGUGAGACUUUCUCCACUGAUACUGAUACUGAAAUCAUUGCCAAGCUCUUCAAAUACUAUUAUGAUAAGGACCCAGAACUUGAAUUCUAUCAGUUAUGUAAGGAGGUUCUCUAUCAAUUGCAGGGUUCUUAUGGUUUAAUGGUAAAAUCUGUUCAUUAUCCAAAUGAGAUCAUUGCAACUAGAAAAGGUUCUCCGCUCUUAAUCGGUGUCAAGACUGAACAGAAAUUAAAGGUUGACUUUGUUGAUGUUGAAUUCAUCAAUGACCCAACUGAUGAGCAAUCAGAAGGUACUACUUUGUUACCAAAUAAAUCCAGAUAUGGAUCCUCCUUAAGAAAGUCUGAAUCGAGAGCCAUUUUGCCGGAUCAUAAUAUGCCAAUUGAAUUCUUUGUUUCGUCGGACGCUUCUUCGGUUAUCGAGCAUACAAAGAAGGUCUUAUUUUUGGAAGAUGAUGAUAUUGCACACAUCAACAAUGGUGAAUUACAUAUCCAUAGAGCUAGACAAAGUGAAGGUAUGUCAACUACUAGACCAGUUCACACCUUAGAAAUGCAAUUGGCAGAAAUUAUGAGAGGAGGGUAUGAUCACUUCAUGUUAAAGGAAAUUAGUGAACAACCAGAUUCGACCUUCAACACUAUGAGAGGUAGACUUGACUUCAAAAACAAAAACAUAAUCUUGGGUGGUAUCAAACCUUAUUUGUCUUCUAUUAGAAGAUCUAGAAGAUUCCAGAUGAUUGCAUGUGGUACAUCCUAUCAUUCGUGUUUGGCUGUCAGGGCAUUAUUUGAAGAACUUAUUGGUGUUCCAGUAUCUGUUGAUCUAGCGUCCGAUUUCUUGGAUCGUCAACCACCAGUUUUCAGAGAUGAUACAUGUAUAUUUGUUUCACAAUCAGGUGAAACAGCUGACAGUAUGCAAGUUUUGAAAUACUGUAGAGCAGCUGGUUGCUUAACUGUCGGAGUUGUCAAUUCUGUUGGUUCGAGUAUCUCACGUGAAACUGAUUGCGGUGUUCACAUUAAUGCAGGUCCCGAGAUUUCAGUUGCAUCAACUAAGGCAUAUUCUUCUCAAUUCAUUGCACUAGUGAUGAUUGCCUUACAAAUAUCAAACAACGUCAUCGACAACAAGGAAAGACAUGUAGAAAUCAUCAAUGGAUUGGAAGAGAUUCCAAGGCUUAUUGCGAAGGUUCUAGAUAAGAAGGACGAAAUCAAGGAAAUAUCUUUAAAGCAUCUCCAUGGAAAAGAUUCGAUGCUUGUAUGUGGUAGAGGCUACCAGUAUGCUUCCGCCUUGGAAGGUGCAUUAAAGAUCAAGGAGAUUUCGUACAUUCAUGCAGAAGGGAUUCAGGCAGGCGAGUUGAAACAUGGUACUUUAGCUUUAAUAGAUGAAAAUAUGCCUGUGGUUGCAUUUGCAACGCAAGACUCAUUUUCUCCAAAGGUUAAUUCUGCUGUUCAACAAAUAACAGCUAGAAAUGGCAGACCAAUUAUUGUUAUGACCGAAGGCGAUAAAAUGAUUGAUAGAUCAAAGACAGCAGCAUGUAUUGAGGUUCCAAAGACAGUAGACUGCUUGCAAGGCUUGGUGAAUAUCAUUCCGUUACAAUUGAUGAGUUAUUACCUAUCUAUUGCUGCUGGUCACAAUCCAGACCGUCCAAGAAACUUGGCAAAGUCUGUCACCGUUGAAUAA